CGGGUAGCUGGGGCCGGGGUCCCCGCGGAGGUCCUACUGCUGGCAAGCGCCGCGAUUCGUGCCUGUGGGGACAGAUUCAAUGGUUUGAGGCCUAAAUGACGAUUUACCAGGCUUCCCAACUCGGGGAGCUCAAUCCUGGCAGGGCCAGCUCCCUGUGAGCGCCAUUAUGUAAUUCAGGCUUUGGAGUGGUUUGAGGGUGGUCAUGGAAGGAGGAAGACAGGGGUGUGUAUGCUGUUACCAUCAGCCAAUAAGCAGACGCGUUUCUAGUGUCUGUUUCUUGGGAAUGUAAGACAAGACUUUGCAUUGAUAGUUCCCCUUUGGUUGGGUAGGAGUAGCGAUGCCUACCUAACCUUGCAGCAUUUCAGGACUGCUUAUGAUUGGACUCCAAAUUAAAGCUUGUAAGACACACUGCCUGUCAUAUAACCAGUUCUGUGGAGGAGGCUUCUAGUUCGGUGUUUAAAAAAAAAAAAUGGAGAUAUCUCGGAUGUUUUAAAAAGUGGUUAUUGUGCCUGUACAAAUUACAUGACCAAUUCUUAGUACUUCACAAACAGAUAUUGAAAACGGUUUUGUGUGAUCCUGAAAUAGUUCACAAUUCAAGAUAGGUGAAAUUUAAAGACUGUUCCCUUAGGAGGCAAAUCAACUUACUGUAAUGGAAAAGCUAACCUUUUACUUCACUUUGAGGAAAAUAAAGUUAAGUAUUAGCCUGCCAUCUGUACCAGGCUGUGCAGAGCCCGAAAGUUGAGUAGUGAGAUUCAUCCUGAAUGCAUUUUACAGAAUGGUUUUAAUCUGUUGACAAGUAUUUGAAUCUAUCUAAAAGUAUAAAAAAAAUCAUAAAUAGGUAAAUCGGAAAGAAUUCUACUUUUGCCAGAAGGAAAGUUUUCCUGAAAGGAGCCUCUAAAUGAAUACAUUUCUCCAUAUCAAAUAUGUGGACUGAGUAAUAAGUACCCAGAAGUGUAAGACUGGGCUUUGUCUGUGUGGAUUAAUAAGGAACUGAAUUAGAAUCUGACUUUGUGCCUAAGUAUCGAUGUUAUGUGCAAGAGGAGACAAGAUGAAACUGCAUGAAUGUGAUUAAUUUUGGAGACAUUGGGUAGAAGGAAGAAUUAUAAGUUAUUUUUUUCAGCCUAAGUUGCAUAAUGAAUAGAUCAUUAAGAUGCUCGUGUGUUGGUUUCUUGGGAGUAGCCAUUGUUUCCCAAGUCUUUCCAGUCCCCCACGACUCCAGCCGUGUCUCUCUUCACAUAUUUAGUUUUUACAGUGCACCUAUGAUACGUGUUUUUAAAAACAGAACAUUUUGGUUCAAAGAAAGAAUGGCUCUCCGUCUAUCUGUAUUCCCUCAAGAAAGUGAAAAAAAUCAUGGAAAUUGUAUGGAAACAAAACAAUCCCAAACUGCUUCCGUAGCUUCAGAAGACCCGCUUCAGAACUUACGCUUAGCAUCUCAGGAAGUGCUCCAUAAGGCUCAGCGGAGUGGGAGGUCACGGUGCCUCCAGUGCGGUGGCUCUAGGAUGUUCUACUGCUACACCUGCUAUGUCCCGGUGGAAAAUGUGCCCACUGAGCAGAUUCCACUUGUACAACUUCCACUGAAGAUCGAUAUCAUUAAGCAUCCAAAUGAAACAGACGGCAAAAGCACCGCUGUGCACGCAAAGCUCUUAGCGCCUAACUCCGUGAGCAUCUACACAUACCCGUGCAUCCCAGAAUAUGAAGGAAAGGACCAUGAGGUUGUACUUGUUUUUCCUGGGCCUCAGUCCAUCUCAAUAAAAGAUGUCUUUUUUCAUCUGCAACAAAGGAUUGAAAGUAAAAGUAGAAGCAAAACUGAUGAUCUUGACGUGCCACCUUUUAAACUCAAGAGAACUGAGGCGGAGGGAGGCUCUGAUUUGAAUGAGAGCCUGCACAAAGGCCCAGCAUUGAAAAGAGUGGUCUUUAUUGAUAGCACCUGGAGCCAGACAAACCAGAUAACCUCUGAUGAGCGCCUUCGGGAGUUAUUACAAGUUGAACUGAAAACAAGAAAAAGUUGCUUUUGGCGCCAUCAAAAAGGGAAGCCGGAUACUUUCCUUUCCACAAUUGAAGCCAUUUAUUACUUCCUGGUAGACUACCAUAGUGACAUGCUGAAAGAGAAAUACAAAGGACAAUAUGACAAUCUUUUAUUCUUCUACUCUUUUAUGUACCGCUUGAUAAAGAAUGCCAAGGACUCUGGAGAGAAGACAAAACCAAAGCUCAUCCAUUAGUUCUGCACACUCCGCUUGUCAUGUGGCUGUCUGAUGUUCACAAGCUGCAGCUGAGCCUGUUUUCUCUGGGGAGUUCAGUGUGCUCAGUGCCUGUGAGCGGACUCGGGGAAAGUUUAGUUUUGUUCCUUUUACCAUAUUUUUUUAAAGGGAAAUUUGAAUUUUGGUAAUUUUAAAGAGAUGGUCCUGAUUGAAAGAUAGAGUUCAGAAGCUGUCAGUUUGGGCAUAUAUCAGUUGUAUAUUUUAAUAUGUUUUGUUACAUUUACGGGAUUGACAUUAUAUAUGAUUAGAGAUUGUC